GGAGACUGGCUCCCAGAUGUGCAGUAGCUUGCCAGGGUCUCACAGCCAGCGGAUGGCAGAGCCCAGCCCUGGGCCAGGAGGUCUGGCUUCUCAGCAGAGCAGAGCACUGGGCUGGAGCACUAGCCUCACUGAGAAGGAUCUGAAAGAGGUCAAGGCACGGAGCCGGCAGAUCGCAGCCCAGCUGACCACCCCUCCCAGCCCCAACUCCCGUGGCGUCCAGCUCUUCAACAGGCGCCGGCAGAGAGUGAACGAGUUUACCUUGAAAAGCCACGACCGGAGGGGACAGAAGCCACAUCAGGAGUCCCUUAGAGUGCCCCCUGCCAGCCCCACAGGCCACACUCCAGGACUCAGCCUGAGUAUCCCCUCACUUCCUGAGCCAGGACUUUCAAGGAACCUGAACUGCCAGAGCCCUGACAUCGUGGCCCCUGGUCACAGCAUGGAGGGGCACUCGGAGAAAGCUGGCUUGCUGCGGCACCUGGAGGAGGCUAGCGAGGAAGAAGAGGUACCACUGGUGGUGUACUUAAAGGAGAAUGCAGCACUGCUCACAGCCAAUGGUCUGCACCUGUCCCAGAACCGAGAAGCCCAGCAGACACCACCGUCACCAGCGGCUGAGGUCCACAGCUCAGCUGCAGAUGUCAACCAAAACCUUUCAUCACCCAGUGCCACAUGCAUCACACCAGCUUCUAACAGUAGCCACAACCUGCCAGCCACAGAUGUCAAUCAGAACCCACCGGCAGCUCUCACCCCCCAGAGCCUGCCGCUUUCCAGCAUCCAACAGAAUUCUUCAGAGGCACAGCACCCGCCAAAUGGCACAGUGCCAGAUUCCAAACCCAGCACCCUGUGUGCUGGCGGGCAACCCCAGGAGCUGGCUGCAGAGGCGAGAUCCAGCACACUCCUGAUUGAUAAGGUAUCAGCUCCACCUACCACCACCAGCACCUUCUCCAGAGAAGCUACUCCCAUCUCCAGUUCCAGGCCCCCUGCCCCAGAACUCAUGUCCAGCUCCCUGCUCAUCGAUGUCCAGCCUGGAGCCCCCAUGGUGUCAGAAGAACAAGAGACAUCUGGGUGGGCAGCCACCACCGCACCUACCAAGCUGUACAGCGAGGUCCAUCUCACACUGGCCAAGCCCCCACCAGUGGUCAAUAGGACGGCCAGGCCCUUUGGGACCCAGGCACCAGGGAGCACCAGCCAGAUGGAACGGAGCCCUAUGGUAGAAAGACGGCAUCUUGGGGAGAAGGCUCGAGCUUCCCAGUCCCCCAGCAUGGCAGACAGGAGUCCUCAGCCACAGCGACACACAAUGUCCCACAGCCCCAUGGUGGAGAGGAGGCCUGUGGCACAGCGAAGCCCUGCCUCGGAAAGACACCCCUUGGGGAACUUCACCCCGCCCCCCACCUAUGCUGAGACCUUGUCCACAGGACCUCUAGCUUCCCGGGUUAGGUCUCCCCCAUCUUACUCUGCCCUGUACCCCAGCUGUGACCCCAAGCCAUCUCAUCUGAAGGGCCAGGCAGUUUCUGCCAGCAAGACGGGCAUUUUAGAGGAGUCGAUGGCCCGCAGGGGCAGCAGGAAAUCUAUGUUCACCUUUGUGGAGAAGCCCAAGGUGACCCCAAAUCCAGACCUGCUAGAUCUAGUGCAGACGGCUGAUGAGAAGCGGAGACAGAGGGACCAUGGGGAGGCAGGUGUGGAUGAGGAGCCCUUCGCUCUGGGGGCUGAGGCCUCCAACUUCCAGCAGGAGCCAGCACCCAGGGGCAGGGCCAGCCCUGUGGUGGCCGAAGAGAUUCUCCCUGAGUGGGCCUCAUGCCUCAAGUCACCACGUAUCCAGGCCAAGCCAAAGCCCAAGCCUAAUCAGAACCUCUCCGAAGCCUCUGGAAAGGGGGCUGAGCUCUAUGCCCGCCGCCAGUCCCGGAUGGAGAAGUACGUCAUUGAGUCUUCAGGCCACACCGAACUGGCCCGCUGCCCUUCACCCACUAUGUCCCUGCCUUCAUCUUGGAAAUACUCCACAAAUGUCCCUGGAGGCUUCCGAGUGGCAUCCCGAAGCCCAGCUCGGACCCCACCUGCCUCCCUCUACCAUGGCUACCUGCCUGAGAAUGGGGUCCUGCGCCCAGAGCCCACCAAGCAGCAGCCAUACCAGCUGCGACCCUCACUCUUUGUCCUCUCACCUGUAAAGGAACCUGCCAAGGCCUCUCCAAGAGCCGCCUCACCUGCCAAGCCGAGCUCCCUGGACCUGGCCCCCAGCCUGCCCAAGACGGCCCUCCCACCAUCUCCGGCCCUGCCUCGGCCCUCCCGCUCCUCUCGGGGCCUCUACACAUGCCCUGGCCAGGAUGGCCUACAGCCCAGUGCCGUGAGCCCUCCCUACCGCAGCGAUGUCUCCCCCGUAUCUCCCUCCAGGGCAUGGUCUCCCAGAGCCAAGCAGGCUCCCAGGCCCUCCUUCUCUACCCGUAAUGCUGGGAUCGAGGCCCAGGACCGCCGGGAGAGCCUGCCCACCUCCCCGCCCUGGACGCCGGGUGCGUCCCGGCCCCCCAGCAGCCUGGACGGCUGGGUGAGCCUGGGGCCGUGGGAGCCGGGCCGCGGGAGCAGCAUGAGCAGCCCCCCGCCGCUGCCGCCGCCGCCGCCGCCGCCGCCCAUGUCCCCUUCGUGGAGCGAACGUUCGGUAUCCCCGCUGAGGCCUGAGACCGAGGCACGGCCCCCCAGCCGCCAGCUGCAGGCGCUCCUGGCGCGAAACAUCAUCAACGCGGCCCGGCGCAAAGGCGUCUCCCCGCGGCCGGCUGGUGCCGAGAGCCGGCGGCCCUUCUCCCCGCCCACCGCGGCCCCUCCGCCGCCGCCGCCACCGCGCAUGCGCUCGCCGCUGCCCGCCCGCCCCGGCCCGGCCGCGGUUCCCGGGGCCUCGUUUGCCCCGAUCUCGCGGAGCCCGCUGCCGGCUGGGCCCUCGCCUUGCGCCAGCCCACGGAGCCCGCUGCCUGCGCCGCCCCGGCCCUUCCCCUCCCGCCGCUCGCCUACAGACUCCGACGUGUCCCUUGACUCCGAGGACUCCGGGGCUAAAUCGCCCGGCAUCCUUGGGUACAACAUCUGCCCCCGCGGGUGGAACGGCAGCCUGAGGCUCAAGCGUGGCAGCCUCCCCGCCGAGGCCUCCUGCACCUAAAGCCUCUCCCGCCCGUAUUCCAUCCCCACCCCCGGAGGGCAGAGCCGGAAGAGGAGUCAGCGGGUUCGGGAGACCCCAGCACCACACACAUCCCGUGCUGUGUGACCAGCCCCAGGGAUAAAGGGUCAGAGGAGGGGCGUCUGGGCUUGCGGUGGGUUCUAGCUCUUACUCUUAUCAUUCAGCUGACACACACACACACCCCGUGCUGUGUGACUCUGACCAAGACCCCUCCUCCCAAGGAGAUCUCCAGACACACACACACACACAC